AUGCUCCUACGAAUUGCUUCAGUGCCGCCGCCAAGGGGAUCGAGUGAUUCAGAUCUGGUAUACUGGGGCUUCUCGGCAGAUGGCCGUUUUACGACAAAAUCAGCUUACGAGGGCCUUUUCGGCAUUUUUCCUAAGACAGACACGUGGCUGUGGCGUGUUAUCUGGAAAUGGGGCGGGCCCCAACGGAUACGACAAUUUAUGUGGCUAGUGGCUAAUAAUCGCUUGAUGACGAACUCGGAACGCUUCCGCCGAUACCUCGCUCCUUCGCCCACCUGCGAGCUGUGUGGCGCUGCACCCGAAACACUACUGCACACAUUGCGGGACUGUCCAAAGGCAGCUCAAAUCUGGAGAAAACAAAUUCCCGGUAAUAAACUCCCCGCUUUCUUCGCUUUGGAAUUGAGACAGUGGAUGGGUUAUAAUCUCUGUUCGGGGGAUGCGAAUGAUAUAGAAGACUGGAGCUGCACCUUUGGGGUGACUAUAUGGCGAAUUUGGCACGGAAGAAACUGCCACAUCUUCAGGAAUGAGGAAUUUCACGUGGGGAAUCGACUUAGAGAGGUGAACAUGCAUGUCAUGGGGAUCAAGGCUGCUAUUUUGCAUGGGGAAAAAAUCUUGGGUGAUAGCACCACCCGCGUGAGCCGCAUGAUUCGCUGGAUUGCGCCACCUGAGGGGUGGUUUAAAAUGAAUUCAGAUGGGGCAUUUAAUGCGUCGACUGGAAUGGCUACCGCUGGAGGGCUGAUCCGAAACUCUUACGGACAAUGGGUGCGGGGAUUUACCAUGAAUAUAGGCUUCACGACGGUGGCCGGCGCCGAGUUAUGGGGCCUCUUUCAGGGACUACGACUUGCCUGGGAGUUGGGACUAUCGAGAGUUAUCGCCUCAGUGGACAACCAGGGAGUCGUUCAAAUGAUCAAUGGGGGGCAUGAGGGUUCGGAAUAUAAAGAUUCAAAGGAUAUCAUUUGGUGA